AAAUCUCGAGCAAGCGCGUUCCCAUCUCUCCGCUCCCCUUUAACCAACCAUGGUUACGUGUGCGCUCCCGCUACUAAGCGACAAGAUGGCGGUCGCCGCCGGAUCAGGCGUUAAGGUUCCUCGUAACUUCCGGCUGCUUGAAGAGCUGGAAGAAGGUCAGAAAGGUGUGGGGGAUGGGACAGUGAGCUGGGGAUUGGAAGAUGAUGAGGACAUGACCUUAACAAGAUGGAGAGGGAUGAUCAUUGGCCCUCCUAGGACAAUCUAUGAAAAUAGGAUGUACAGUCUAAAGGUUGAAUGUGGUCCCAGAUAUCCAGAGGCACCACCGUUUGUCAGAUUUGUGACUAAGAUCAACUUGAAUGGUGUGCACAACUCCAAUGGCGUGGUUGACACACGAGCAGUGUCUGCGCUGGCCAAGUGGCAGAACUCAUACAGCAUCCGUGUGGUCCUGCAGGAGCUCAGACGACUCAUGAUGUGUAAGGAGAACAUGAAGCUCCCCCAGCCACCAGAGGGCCAGAUCUACACCAACUGAACCCAUGUUACUACUCUCCUCCUUUUCCCCCUCUUGUUUUCAGUCAUCCUUUCACCCCAUCUACCACCUCCCUCCUUUUUUCAUUCAGGUGCCUGCCAACACUCAAGCGUACAUACAUACACACACACACACAGAUAUAGGGACCUACAUGUAUGCACGUGUACAUAAACACAUAGACAUAGGAACAUACAUGUGGGCGAACGCAUAUGCUGACACACACAAACAUGCAAUCACUUCUGUAUGCGCCAUUCCUAGGCCCUGGCCCCUCCCCUCUUCCAUCACUGGAGCUCUGGUUGGCCUAAAGAAGACGAGGCAGGCGGAGUCAUCGGUCCACACCAGACCUGAUCAUUCGGAAUACUGUACAUCUUAAUCUUUUUUUUAUUAUUAUUUGUUCUAAAUGCAGAUUGUACAAUAACAUAAAUAAUCUCGAGUGUA